GCGCGGCUGAGGGAAGUGGCGGCGCUCCGUCCCGCCGGGCGGCGGUGGCGGCACCGGCACCAUGAAGAGCCUCAAGUCGCGUCUGAGGCGGCCGGAGGCCUCGCCCGCCGGGAGCGGCGUCGGAGGGUUGACUGCAGAUUGGAACAAAUAUGAUGAUCGUUUGAUGAAAGCAGCUGAAAGGGGUGAUGUGGAGAAGAUCUUGUCUGUCCUUGCUAAAAAAGGAGUGAACCCCACAAAACUGGAUGUGGAAGGGAGAUCUGCAUUCCAUGUUGUAGCCUCAAAGGGUAACCUUGAUUGUCUGAAUGCUCUUCUUCUUCAUGGGGUUGACAUUAUCGCCACUGAUAUAGCAGGAAGGACUGCUCUACAUUUAGCAGCAAAAUAUGGACAUGCACUUUGUCUUCAAAAACUGCUGCAGUACAACUGCUCAACAGAAAAUGUGGAUCUGCAAGGGCGGACUGCUCUUCAUGAUGCGGCAAUGUCGGAUUGUACAUCCAGCAUACAGUUGCUAUGUGACCAUGGAGCCAUGGUGAAUGCCAAAGAUGCUGAUGGAAGGACACCAUUGGUGCUGGCCACUCAGAUGUGCCGUCCAACUAUAUGCCAGUUUCUGCUAGACAGAGGUGCUGAAGUUAAUGCAAGAGAUAAGCAAAAUCGGACCGCUCUGAUGUUGGGCUGUGAAUAUGGCUGUAAGGAUGCUGUAGAGGUUUUGCUCAAAAAUGGAGCUGAUGUUACUUUGGUUGAUGCGCUAGGCCAUGACUGUUUUUAUUAUGCACGAAUUGGGGACAGUACUGAAAUCCUGUCUCUGAUAAAGGCUGCCUUUGAAGAAUCCAGCAAAGCAGGUUAUGAAGUAAUGAAGAAAGGGCAGCAAAUAUUGAAGGUGCCCAGCAUGCUACCCAAAUGGACUCAACCUAGUAUCUUGGAUGAAGUGAGCAAUAAACCAUUUCUGAAGGAGCACCAGAAUGUACAGGAAUUAGAAAGAGAAAACGAAGACUUAAAAGGAAGAAUGAGGGAAAUCCAACAGGAACAACGAAUCUUCCUAGACAGAAUAAAUGGGUUGCAGUUGCAGCUGAAUGAGGAGCAAAUGGUUGCUGAUGAUCUUGAAACUGAGAAAGACGAGCUUAGGAGGCUUCUGGCCACAAAGGAACAGCAACAAGAAGAGAGUCUGCGGAUGCUUGAAGCUCUGAAGUCAAAACUCCGUUUCCAUGAGGGUGAUCAUGCAGGAUCCAGAAGCAGCCUUAAUAACAGGAAAGAAAAUGUACUAAUGAUGGACCCAGGCUAUUCUGCGGGAUCCCAGCAAAUCCUGGCUUUGGCGCCUGCUAAUCUCCAGAGCCGGUCCAUGGUGAGGCCUUUGGAGCUCUUAAGCCCAACCCAGGGCUCCACCUCAGAGGCGGAUGCUCUCAAGCGAGAGCUCAGCAGCAUCAAGAACUGUUAUGAGGCAGCCAAAGGUGACCUCAGCAGGCUUCAGGCAGAGCUGUCCCACAAGACGGCAGAAUGCAAAGCCCUGGACUGUGAGUGUGAAAGAAUUAAGCAAGAGUCAGAUCAGCAGAUAAAACAACUGGAAGAUGCUUUAAAAGAUGUGCAGAAGAGAAUGUUUGAUUCAGAAGGGAAAGUGAAGCAGAUGCAGACCCACUUUCUUGCCUUGAAGGAUCACCUGACCAAUGAAGCUGCUGCAGGUAGCACUAAGGUGACUGAGGAGCUGAAGGAGCAGCUGAAAGACAUGAAGGCUAAGUAUGAGGGAGCUUCAGCUGAAGUGGGCAAGUUGAGGAAUCAGUUGAAGCAGAACGAGCUAUUAGUGGAAGAAUUCAGACGAGACGAAGCAAGGCUGGUGGAGGAAAACAAAAAGUUGCAGAAAGGACUUGGCAUGUUGAAGGUGGAACGUGAAAAAAGGGAGAGGACUUUUUCCGAGGCAGAAGAGCAGCUGAAGGAAACGACAGUGAAAUUGGCUAACAAAUUUGAGAAGAUGAGGAGUUCUCUCUCCAGUGAAAUUGAUGAGAAGGACUGGAAGCUAGCAGAGUUGGAGAAAGAGCGUGAAAAGUUGGGCACGGAAGUUCAGCAUCUUAGGACGGAGCUUGAGAAGCAGAAAGCUCAGUUUGCUCACUAUGUGAAGCCAGAGGAACAUAAGCAUGUCAGAAGCAGAUAUGAGCAAAGGGCCCGUGAGCUUGAGAAGGGGCACUUGGAGCUUAAACAGAAAAACCAAGCCUUGCAGAAGGCAGUAGAAAGGGCUCAGGUGGACCACAGCCUCCUAAAGCAGCAGAUGGAGACCCUCAGGGGUGAGGUGAAGACCCAGUAUGUCCCCGUGAAGACCAAUGAAGACACCAGGAAAGUGGUAGGAGAGCUGAACAAGAAGGUGACGGAAGCCACUGAAAAAUAUCACCGGUAUAAAGGAGAAGUAGAGAAACUACUAGCGGAGAAGCUGUCACUACAGGAGAAGAUCAGUAAGUUUCAGACAAUUUACAUUCCUCCUGAAAAGCACGAGAAGGAGAUAGGAGUCUUAAAAUCUACCUUGGCAGACUUACAAAAGCAGCUUAAUGAGCUUAACCAAAGAUAUGAAAAAGAGCAGGCCAAAGUCUCAGAAUUGGUUACUAAAAACGCAGCUCUCCGAGAGGUCAUGAAGGAGCAGUAUGUCUCUUCAGAAACUCACGAAGAGGCCAAAACGGCCUUGAACAUCAUGCUGGAAAGGACAGGUGAAGAAUUGUCAGACCUGAAGGAGAAGAUGGAAAAGGUGAAGCAGGAAUGUUUGAAAGUCAAUGAGGAGAAUGGUGCAUUGAAACAGAAGUUGAGGGGGCUGCAAAGUCAAAUGCAGGCUGAAUAUCUCAGUACAAAAGACCAUGACAGUAAAGUGGCUGCUCUGAACGCAACGAUUCAGGACCUUCAGAGAAGCAACUCUGCAAUGCUGGCAAAGUACCAAGAAAAGCAAGAAGAAGUUGCCCAAUUGCAUGCAGAGAUUGAAGCCCAGAAGAAGGAGAUUGACUUGAUCCAAGAAUGCAUCAAGUCCAAAUAUGCUCCCCUUGCCAGUUUGGAUGAAAAGAAGCGGGACUUUGAGGCAACUGUGGUGGAGCUGAAAAACCAGCUCCUGGAACAGGGGGAACAGCUCAGAAUAAAAGAGGAAGAAAUCCAGAAACACAUCGAGGAAAUCAAAAAGUUAACAGCAGGGAUCCUGACGGUCCAAAAUGAUCUGCAGCAAAACUAUAUCCUUGCAGAGAAAUAUCAUGAAAUGGAGGGAAUGUUAUCAAGCAAGGCGGACGACCUGAGCAAGGAGUUAAGGGAGUUGCAGCAAAAGUUUGCCGGGGUCACGGGAGAGAAGGAGCGGCUCCAGGAGGAGAGUACCAGGCAGCGCUCAGAGGUGCUCCUCCUGCAGAGCCGCUUGCAGGGCCAGUACGUUCCUCUGGAGCAGGUGGAGGCCCUGGAGAGGAAGCUCAGCUGCACCAUUGAGGGCCUGAAAGCAGAACUUGACAGCCAGGCCACCAGAAACCAGCAAGAGCUGCAGAGAGCUCAAGAGCUGCAGCAGGAACUGGCCCAUCUACAGGCCACCUCGGUGCCUUUGGCAGAACACUCCCAAAUCAAAGCAAGGCUAGAAAAGGAAAUGGCAGUUCUCCAGUCCGGAUGGAGAGAGAAGGAGGAAGAAAACCAAGCCAGAAAAGAAGAGGUCUCCCGCCUACACUCUGACCUUCAGAGCACGAAGGAAGCACUAAGCAAGCUGGAGAAGAGAGAGGUGGUGGAGGCAUCUGAGCACAAGAGGGUGAGAAGCAGGCUAGAGGGCCAGGUGAGCAGCAUGGCUGAGAAGCUAGCUGGGCUGACUAAAAAAAUGGAGAAGCUGCAAGACGACUCGCUGAAGGCAAACGCAGAGGAGCCAUCCUUGAGGGAUGAGAAGGAGCUGCUUCAGCCAAGGAAUGUCAACAUUGAGCAGGAAAUCAAAGACCAGAAAGAGCGGUGUGACAAGUCUUUGAGUACCAUUGUGGAGUUGCAGAAAAGGAUCCAGGAGUCUGCCAAGCAGGUGGAGGCCAAAGAUAACAAGAUAACGGAGCUUCUCAAUGAUGUGGAACGGCUCAAACAGGCUCUUCAUGGCCUCUCACAGCUUACCCACAGCAUUCCUGCACAGAGGCAAAUUCCACAGAUGGAAGUGCUCCAGAACCAAGUGAAGACUCUGCAGCAGCAGCUGGCUGAUGCUGAGAGGCAGCACCAAGAAGUCAUCUCAAUCUACCGGACGCACCUUCUGAGUGCUGUUCAGGGUCACAUGGAUGAGGAUGUGCAGGCGGCCUUGCUCCAGAUCAUCCGCAUGCGCCAGGGGCUGAUUUGCUAGGGGAAGGGAGGCCCAGCUGGCUCCUCCGGCUGCAGCCACUUUGCCAACUUCUUAACGCCCCUUAAUGAUUAGGAGAUGGUAACACCCCCCACCCCACACACACACCAGCUGCUUGUAGCAGGAAUAUGGAAAAAUAUUUACACAAACCCAUUUUUAAACAAAAACGAAAAGAUCACCUGUGAUUCUGAAAAUAGACGUUUUUCAUUUAUAGGUAGUCAAAAUGAUGACCAAAGCGAAGUUCUCCUGAAUGUCGGAUUGACAGCCCUAAAAGGCGGCUAACCCCACCCCCUCCUUGCAGGUGCCAGGUCCUGAGCUUGGGGGGGGGGGCUCAGCAGUGGGCCUGCGUCUUCUGGCCCAGGCGGGGGGGUGUCCUCCUGGGACUGGCCCACUCGGCUCCCCCUCGGCUCCCCGGUGGCUUGGCUGGCCAAGCUGCCUCUUUGAAGACUAGAAGUAGUGAUGCCUUUUUAUUGCUGUUUUCUUGAGAGAAAAAUACAUCAGAUAAUAUUUUGCUUUUUACAAGAUAGUUUUUCACAGAGUGUUGAUUACUGAUUUAUUUGUAGUUUUAAGGACAGCAGGUCUGGGAUAGAUAAAAAUGAAAAGCUGUUAUGAAACCUUGAAAUACAGCAGCCUAAAAUUUGUGUUUGAUCAUCCAUUACUUUUUUAAAAAAGAAGAAAUCAACUGUUUACAGAUAAGCUAAUCAACAACUAAAAUAGUUGGGGAAAUUUUAAAAAAAUUUUUUUCUUAAAUGCAGAAACCAAAGAAUACCUGGGCCUCUUGUAGUGGGUUUGUCUGUAUUGCGGGACACCCCGCUCUUCCCCAGCCACGAGUUGGAGGCGGGUCAAGGGCUGAAGACACGCUGGUCCUUUCCCGACCUGUGGCCUCUGUCCUCCUAGAGCAGCAAGUGCAUCUGUUCAGUUACCAGGGAACUGAACUGCGUCCUUAGGUACCUUCGAAGCCCUGGUGGCCGUGGCUGUCAGCGGUGGCUCCCUUCCACUUGGAGUUCUGAAAGACCCCUUCCUUCCUUCCUUCCUCGGGGGGGAACUGCUCCUGCUGGGAGGCCUGUGCCUUAGCUUGUGCCAAUGGGAUUCAAACAAUGGGCCCCAAUUGUGCAAAUUCUUUGAUUUUAUGCUAAGCUGAUUAAUAGCAGCAUCUUAAAAUACAGUAUUUUGUAAAUUAUGUAUGAUAAUCCACUAUAAAGGGUAUUAUUUAUGCAGGAAAAGCCUUUUGGUGAGAAGAUUAACUUGGGAUAGAUGUUAAUGUGUUUUAGGAGUAAAUAUAAAGGACUGGAAAGCUUGGUGUUGCUUUUUUAAGUAACUCUCGAAUAGUUCCAAAAGCAAAUAUAUGGCGUUCUGGGUUUCUGGGGAAAAAUCCACCUUUUUACAUGGAAAUAUUAAAAGCAGAUUGCUGCAAAAAUGCCAGUUACUUAUGUUAAGCGUCUGAAGAGGAGCAUGAUCUUAAAUAAUUGCAAAGCCACACUGCAUCUGUGCUGAGACAGAACGUUGUCCUGGUGGACUUCUGAAGAUGGCUCCUUGAUUGGCAGGUCACUCUUGCCACGAGCACCUUAGUUGGAGAUUGGCGGUGGUGCUGCUUCAACAAACGGACAGUUGGUUCGGCCGCCUAGGGUGCCGGUCAAGCACAAAGGCCUGGAUUUGCAGGGAGUUGGGCAUCCCUGCCCUUUGCCUACUUGCAAAGGCCUUCCAGGCGCAGAGAACUAGAGGGUGUUGGGCUGCAAUGGACCGUGAGCUCUAUUGCCAUUUUUCUGAGGCAAUAUAGGAAUUGCAGCUGAUUGUAAACGGAGGAAAGGAAAUGGGGGAAGUUAACCUGUGCAGAGAUUGGGUGGGCUCAAAACGUGUAGGGAGAAGGUUGGUUUCAAAACUGAUAAUUUCAGUGAAUGCCUCUUAGUUUGCUUUUCUGGAAGGCUUAGAUUAACCAAUUCACCAAGUGCUCUUGUUCUCAGCAACUUGAAUAACUGAACAAUAAUUGUCUGAUUUUGAUGUACUAAUACUUAAAAGUAUUAUCAUUCUCUUUUCUCUGGGAGACAUUUAUGUAUUUCUAGUCUCCCUUUUACACUACAUAUCAAUAAAUGUUUAUUUUCUGUGUCA